AUGCCAAAAUGCGGAUUGCAUACCAAAUAUUUGCCGGCGACGUUUGCAUGGAUACUGCUACUAGGGACGACUGGGGCUUUUUUUUAUUAUCCAUGUCGAUUUUUUGCUCAAUUUUAUCCAUGGGUACCGGUCGUUCAUGGCAUAGUGACGUUUUUUGUUAUUGCAAACUUCACGUUGGCAACGUUCAUGGAUCCAGGUGUAAUACCCAAAGCACCGGAAGACGAAGACACCGGUGAUGACUUCCAGUCGCCUUUGUAUAAGUCUACAGAAGUGAACACAAUACAAGUGAGAAUGAAAUGGUGUUCCACUUGCAGAUUUUACAGGCCACCAAGAUGUUCUCACUGUAGUGUUUGCAACUGUUGUAUAGAAACAUUUGAUCAUCAUUGCCCAUGGGUAAAUAAUUGUAUUGGUCGCCGCAACUAUCGAUAUUUCUUCUUUUUUCUUAUAUCACUAAGUAUACACAUGGCGUCUAUAUUUGGUGUUUGUUGUUGGUAUAUUUUAUACCAUAAAGACAAAAUCGGAGACAUUGAUACUUUAGUAUCAUUAACAUUGUGUGGCUUAGUAAUUAUUUUGUUUAUACCAAUAUUUGGUUUGACUGGAUUUCAUGCUGUAUUAGUUGCUCGUGGUCGAACAACUAACGAACAAGUCACCGGAAAGUUCAAAGGGGGUUACAAUCCAUUUUCACAUGGCUGUCGUCUAAACUGUAUAAUUAUUUUAUUUGGCCCUCAGUUUCCUAGUUUGUUGAAAGUGAAAACUUCCAAGUAUCAAAAACAUAAAAAACAAAUUCAGAACAGUUUUAAUGUACCUCCUCCAUUAUUAACAAAAGAAGAUAACUGUGGUCCACCUGUUGCUAAAACUUAUUUGGAUAAUAGCAAUGGCUUACAUCAUUCUUCAAACAAUUAUAAUAAGAUGUCACCAGGAAGAGACUGUUUAGAGCUAGAUAUUGAAUUAACUGCUUCACAGUCACAAGACUGUGAACCAACACCGCCAUUACAGCGACAAGGCUCAAAAAACAAUUUCUACUUACCCUCGUAUGAUACAACUGAUAGUGCUAGGAUGUCUUAUGUAACACGGACAGCUCCUCAUCCAUCUCGACCUAGAAUGAAUGAAAUGGGAAACAGCUUGUCAAGAGAAACUAUGAUAGAUCCAAAUCGUCAAUCCAACAUCAUUAUGCAAAGUCCAACAAUGCAGCAGAGAAUGAAAGCUAUCGGGGUACCCACGGCGUUGGCACUGUCUAGUCCAUUAAGGCGAUCUAACCCUGGAACUCCGACUCAAGUGAAACGACCUGACUUUAUAGGAGUUAGUUCUUCUGCUAAACAUUACGAAUACCAAGAACGUAGUCCACAACGGCGUUUUUUGUCUGAAGGUGACAUCUUACAAUUAGCCGGAUCACCGCAAAGAGGUGUUUAUACAUGGAAAGACACCCCCGGGGCAACUGGUUCUUACUAUGUCCCCCGACAAGCUCCUACAUUCAACUAUUGUGCAGCACAUAAUGAUUAUAGAUCUAAUCCAACUAGUCCAACAACAAAAACGUAUUAUCCUGUACGCGGGGGUGUUCCUGUUUAUCCACCUCAACCGUCACCUGUAGGCAAGAAAAAACCUCCUCCAGUACAGACAAGGAGACCUAUGUCCUUUGCCAGGGCGUUGGACCAUGAUGCAAUGGAGAUGUCAAUUAACAGAGGAAACAGUACUGACAACGGAAGUCCUGAUCGUAAAAGUGCUUAUGACAAAAACUAUGAAAUAUCUGUUUAA